AUGCAGAGUUCUGUUAAAAAUUAUCUGGAUAACCUCUUAUACAACCCCAAAGUGCUACUCUCUGAGUUUCAACAAAUGAAUCUUCAACGUUUCCAGACCGCAAUGAAAUAUCUCUUUGGCAACAAGCAGAAGUAUUUGGAGUUAGGAAAUAUUGUUAUCGACCUGGCUGGGAUAAGAGAGAGAAUUUUCCAAAGUCCAGGAGGAAACCGAACCUUAUUCCUUACUACUUUGGAGAGGUGCUUUCUGAGUUUGAGCUCCGCAGAAUGUGUGGACAUCCUGAGCCAGAUCCUCCGGGCAUCUUCCGUUAUGUACCUCCAAGUCCACACUAUCCCAAACCUCCCCAAAGACCUUCAGGAAGAUGCUUUUCGAAACCUAUCAUCAGUAUUCAGAGAUCUAUAUGACAGGAUAACGGCAAAUUCACAGAGGGCUCUAUAUGACUGGAUGAGGCUAAUCCUACAAAAAUCCCACAAUAUCAGUGAAAAUGUCACUUCAUGGGUGAGUGCAGAAAACCUGUGGAUUCUGGGAAGAUAUAUGGUUCAUCUCCCACUAGAAGAAAUUUGGAAAAUUUACCCUUAUGAAAUGAGAUUGUUCAUCAGUUAUGACAAUGCAACAAAGCAACUCGAUACCGUAUAUGAUAUCACCCCGGACCUCGCACAGGCUUUCUUGGAAAGAAUAAACGCAUCAGGAUUUGAUAUGAAAAACACAUCAACACUUUAUAGAUUGGGCUUGUUGGUUUGUUUUUACAAUGACCUGGAACAGAUGGAUGCCAGUGUGGCUCGGGUUUUACUUCAUCAGAUGAUUAAAUGCAAUCACCUAAGAGGGUCCCAGGCUGACAUUCAGAAGCUCAAAUCCCAGCUGCUUGACCUUGCCCUGCAAAACCAGACGUUGAAUGAGUCCCUUGGUUCCCUCUCGGACGCGGUGGUCGGACUGAGUCUCAGCCAGCUGGAAUCUCUCUCCCCGGAGGCUGUGCACAACGCGAUCCCAACAUUAAACCAGGUUUCAGGAUGGGCGAGAAGCCAAAUCAUGAUUUUAUCCAGGAAAUAUCUGAUGUAUGAAAAGAUACUCUCACUCCAUAAUAUCAGCCAGAUGGGUGCUUUGGUGACUGGGAUAAGCACUCAGUCAUUCCACAGGAUGAGCCCCAAAGAGCUGUCUCAGUUACUCAGAGGAGCAUUAGCUGAACGAGCCUCCGAUUUGUCUCCAGCCCAACACCAAGGCAUCCUCCGCAAGAUUAUUGCAUCCACAGAACUAUCAUCCGUGUUGGCAGAUGUGCAAGGACCCUUUUUUAAGGAGCUGUCACUUUUUGAUUUGUGGGCGGAAGAGGGAUUCAACUCUUCCCUAGUAAAAGAAAAGGAACUGAGGCCGAGUCAGGCCUUAUUUCUAUAUGAAUUAUUAUCAAAGAAGACAACUCUUUCUGAACUCCUAAGCAUUGACCAAAUGGUGAAAGGAAUAACAUGCUGGCAAAUCGACAGAAUGAGCGCCAUCACCUUUGUCAAUGUUUUCAAAUAUUUUGAAAAGAAUCUCCACCUGCUUUCACCAUAUCAGAUCAGUUGUAUGGCUUGGAAAUACUGGACCAUCUCUAAUACAUCCACGCCUCCCUACUUGUUAGCACUGCUUCCUGCUGAGUAUCUGGAAGCCAUUACAGGAUCGCUCUGUGUCCCUUUCAUCACCAGCCUAAGGAAGAUUGAACUCGAUCGUCUCGUUUUAAAUGAGCAGAAGAAAAAUGCAAUUCUGCAAAAAGUCCAUGACUGCCUGAAUGGCUCUAUCGUUGAUGAAUAUGACCUUGACUUGAUUGGCAACCUCAUCUGCCAUUUGUCCUCAGCAUUAAUUUGUGUGGGGUCACUGGAGACAGUGGCCACAGCCCUUCAACAGUAUGAACAAUGCCAACAUCUCAGCCAUGAACAGGAGAUGGACAUUAAACACUGGAUCAUUGAUUUGUAUGGUUCCCCAAGAAACUGGACGGCUGAGACAACGCAAGACAUUGGUCCAUUUAUAGCUCUUUUGCCAAAGAGUGAUUUGAGCAUCCUUGUGGAAAAGUUUCCUGGUUUCAUAUCAGAUAUAGCAUCAAAGAAAUCUGGACCAGUUCCUCCUUCUGAAGAGCUCUUGCUGGCUUAUUUUGAAAGUGUUCGCAACUCUAGCACCGCAUUGAGUGUGCCAAACGUAACCCUUGGUUGUGAAGAGGUUGCAGCACCGUCCUCAGAUGAGAUUAUAAAACUUUCAGAAGCAAAUAAGUUUUGGUCAGUUCAGGAAUUGUUUUGCAUGGACCCAGGCACGUUCAGCAAGACUGUGGAACUCCUUGGCUCUGUGGGCAGUUUCAGUGCAUCUCAGCUUACUGUGCUAAAAGAGAAAGCUAAGCAGGUCUGGGGCCCAUUAACAAGCUGGCAGAAUUAUCACAUAGUUUCUCUCGGGCGCAUUGCCACCACAUUAAACGAGACUGAAAUGGGAGCUCUGAAUCUGAGUUCAAUUGAUACGAUUGCUGCCCUUAGUGAGCAGACAGAAUGGAACCCUUCCCAGGCCCGGGCCAUUUUACAUGGUUUUCUGGAAGACUCUGGCCAAGUGAUGGCCACUUUGAAAAGCUUUGAUUUGGCAGGACUGGGUGCCAGCCUGUGUGCCUUGGAUACUACAGAGAUUGCAGCCAUAAAUGUGAUUGAAUUCAGUGCUGUGGUUGCAAGAAUCGGUUCUUUGUCAUGUAGCCCAAUUGUCCUGGAAGGUUUUAAAAAUAAAGCAGAGUCUGUGUUUGGGAUCGCUGCAACCUGGGAUAGAUCUAUCUUGCAGGAGAUUGGUACCAUCGCAGCGGGUUUAAAUGACACAGAAUUAAAAGCUGUCAAUAAAGAAUUGAUGCCUUAUUUCCACCCCACAGCAAUAAAAUGUAUCCCUGAUGAAAUGUUCAAAGAGCUGUCUCCUGAGCAAUUAGCCAGUCUUGGCCCCACAAAUGCAGCCAUGGUGACAGAAUCACAGCGCCGACACCUAAAUGAGCUGCAGCUUCAGAGUCUUCAGCAGGCACUGGACGGAGCCAGAACAAACGCCAACAAGUCUCCGUUUGGGGAAAGUACAAUCAAACCAACAUAUACCUCCGUUCCGAGUGGUGCUUCAUUUUCAUGUCGUUUAAGUCUCUGGGUACUUGCUGUAUUCGUCUGGUAUCCUGCAUCCAUACCUACUGUCACAGUUUAGGGAGACCUUCCGUGGUCAAUUGAAGAAGAAGCGUUCUACCAGAACACUAUCUAGCCCAAUGAAGGUUGAUAAUUCUGCAGAUGUUCCUUUUGAAAACCGGUUUUUUGCCUGUUGUACUUUAAACCUGCCACUUCACGUCAUGUUUUCAACUUAUCACGGAUAUUGCCUUUGUGCUUUUAAACAUGCUUUAAAAAUAUUUUAUUCAAGGGACGCCCUUUGAUGAUUCACUAUGCUUCAUAUGCUAACUUGGGUUUCUUUUUUUAGCAGUGCUGGUUUGGCAACAUUUUUGAUUCUGUCAAUAUUGUAUAAAUGCUACUAUAUACCCCCCCCCCC